UCUUACCCUUCCCACGGCUGGCUCCAACACGUAACUCGCAAAGGAUCAAAGGAUUAGCUAGCUAGACCGCCUUUUUCAGCUUUCGCUUUUGAUGUACAUCUUUUUGUCCUCGUGAACAAUUCCGUCUCCCAAGGACAAAGGCAUUUUCAAAUAUAUAGACAGUAAAUAUGACCUAUGAAAUUGAAAUUUUUUGAAAUAUGCGUUCUUAUAUGCCAUCAUGGAGCUGUCAUUGUAUACUGGUAGUGGACAACAAUUGGUUGGACGAUGUAUCAUUGUGAUCGUAGUCAUUGCCUUAGGUCUACUAUUGCCGAAGUGGAAAAGAUCCAGGCAUAUCCGGAAUCUGAAGCGGCGACACAAUUGCGCGGAAGCAAACAAGUAUCCUCAUCAGGAUGUUCUGGGAACAGAUCUAGCUCGCAUUCGAGCUCAGGCAGUCAAAGAAGGCCAUCUUUUCAGAUUGUACAAGUCACAAUUUGACACUUACGGCAAGACUUUCUCCGAAGUCUGGCGUGGUACGACGCUGUUUAAUACAAUAGAGCCGGCAAAUAUUCAGCAUGUAGCGGCAUGGGCUGCGGAAGAUUUUGGCAAAGAUCCUGAUAGAGAAAUAGCUCAAUGGCCGCUUUUGGGACCCAGCAUUUUCUCAGAUGGACAUGCCUGGAGUUUGUCGAGAGAUUUGGUGAAACCCAUAUUUGCCAGGGCAGAAGUGUCGGAUCUUGAUUUCUUUGCUUCUUGUGUCGACAAGUUUUUGAAGUUACUUCCGGAAAAAGGCGAGACAUUUGACAUUCAGCCAUUGCUGCAUAGACUAGUAUGUUAACCGCAGAGAGUUUUUGGAUUAUGGCACUAACUGCUACUUAGUUCUUGGAUUCCUCCAUGGAUUUCAUUUUUGGCCGCUCUUUAAAUGCUCUACAAGCGGAAGCCUCACCUGAGAGUGUUGAAUUCACUGAGGCUUUCACUACAGGACUGAAAGAAGUCAGUGCUCGGCGCGAUGCGCCAUGGUUUCAAUUCCACUACCAGCGAUUCAUUGAAGGCCCCAUUUGGAAGAAGGCCUACCAGACCGUUCAUCGAUUCGUAGAUGGACAAGUACAGUUGGCUCUUGUAGAUACAGCAAAAGAGGAGGCUAAUUAUGGAAAUUCAGGGAGGAAACGCUAUGUCUUGCUCCACGAGAUGGCUAAACAGAUCCGGGACCCUAUUGCGCUCCGAUAUCAUGUAUUAGGUUUCUUCGCACCAGCACGGGAUGUGACUUCUAGGCUAGUAGCUAAUGCCAUGUUCCAACUCGCCAGGCAUCCGAAUGAAUGGGCGAAGCUUCGCCGCAUUUCUUUAGAGCUAGGCGACGCCCCGCUGUCGUUUGGAAAGCUAAAACAACUAGCCGAGUUCAGGUAUGUGUUGCAGGAGACCAUCAGAACCGUUGGGCCCGCAGCAAGAAUAUGGCGUGCUGCCGUACGCGACACAAUUUUACCAAAAGGAGGAGGUUACGACCAAACGCAGCCGGUGUUUAUCCCUCGAGGGUCACCAGUAGUACUCGGCACAUGGUGCAUGAACCACGACAGUGACAUCUGGGGCGAUGAUGUGGAAACUUUCAGGCCUGAUCGAUUCGUUGGGCGUAAGAUGAACUGGGAAUUCCUUCCGUUUUAUGGAGGACCAAGAAUAUGCCCUGCUCAGCAACAGGCCAUGAUCCAGGCUACUUAUGUGCUGGUGCGGCUGACACAGAUGUUUGAGAUAAUCGAGAACCGGGAUUCAGAGCCAGAAUUCCUGCAACUAAUCAAGAUGGGUGUUGAAAGCAUGAACGGGGCUAAGAUUGCUUUCAGAUGAUCAAUGAGUUAUCUCCGAAAUAGACGAGUGAGUAGUCCAGUGGAGGAAAGAUAUCAAAAUCGAAGACGAGGCUCAGCAAUCAUAUCCCCGUAUCGGUUCAGGCUACUUGUGUAAGUAGGAAGAAGAUUCAUGGCUAUAGAUGUGGCAUAAAUUGGAUGGCCAAGAUCUUACAACCCAAGUCUUGGCUCAAGACAAGAACAUGCCUUAUGAAUUAUUGAGAUACCUUUAGGAAGGCUUAGUGGCAUUCAAAAUGUCGACGCCUUGCUCAGGCUGCGGUGGUGACAUGGAACCAGAACGAUCUCUUGAUUUUCAGGAAAUUCCAGUCUUGUAUGUAAAACUUCACUAUUAUCAGACAACUUCUUCUAAGGAUGUCUCCAUCUGAUGCUGCCUGUGAAAGUCAACAAUGAUAGGCCUUGCCCCUUUAAAAGAAAGACCCGUCGCAAAUUGCAUAAAUUCCCUUCUCUGUAUUGCGUAAACCCCUCUAACCUCAGCAUCCAACGUUCAGAUAAGUUGCGGUGCGGCAAGUGCAUUAGAUCACACAGAAGUAUUGCAAAGAACGGUUGAGUGAUUCUGAAGUUAUCUUGGUCGCGGUGUACUUACUGUGUUUAGUACUUUGCAGCAAUGGCACGGGUAAUGUGAAGUAUGUAUGCUACUCAACCAAACUCGUUCUACCUACUUCUCAGUCGCCUUUGUA